ACGGAGGACGAGGAGGAGGAUGAAGAAGAUGAGGAGGAACAGCAAGAGGAGGUGGGAUUCGUCGACUUCUCCACGUACUCCUGGUUCUCAGACAUCGCAUUCAUGACGGCUAUGGAGCAGGCGAAAGCAGUCAGAUACCAUGACACCGUUGGAACUGUCGACUAUCCCAACGGAAACAGCGAGCCCGUCGAGUUGGGCAACGAUUCCGCCGAGCACAUCCCCCCCUCUCGGAUGUCCUCCAGCACCAGCCUCGUCAGCACUACCUUGACACUUGCAUGCAUGCAAUUUAUUCUGCCAUCGAGCUUUCUGGCCUCAUGUUCAACUUGGUUUGCCUAUCAGGAAGGAAGUCGGGACAUUUUCCCUUCAUCGAAGACAUCCUUGCAUCAUAUGCAAGCACAUGCUAAGGCACACAUUCGUCUGGGCUGUAUAGUGCCUUAUUUUUGGGUAAAGCGACGUGGCCCGGGUUGGCUCACAUCUCGCUUCAAUCAUGCGACGGAGGAACUACUCAUGACGGCGAAAAUUGCAUCAGCUCCUGAUGCAAGGCUCGAGUUAAACAGAUCCAGAAUAGGCUCCAUUGCUCACAUUCCAUGUGCCCUAAUGGCAGUAUAUGCCAAGCCACUGCAACACUACACACCCAAUAGAAUGGGAAUGUACAGCCAACAGGGCCAAUGCACAAAAGCGGCUGCUUCUUGGUCCCUCAGGGCAACCGAUCACUGGUUUUAUGUCAACCGGAGUCCAGCCAAUUUGUGUAGAUGGCCGACUCGACAAGUUGACUGUCGAAUGACAGAAUGGCAAGCAUUACCAAUGAAGCUAUCCCCCAAGCUCUUCGUAAUGAGUCGCUCCUAUUCGUACUUGGCGGAUGCAAAUCAAUUCACCGAGGUUUUGGAAGCUGUAUAA